AUGGAGGGGUGCCAACUGCUAGUAGGCUGUAGGAUGGAGAUGGAGGAGGAAGCGUUCUUUGACUCGCGAGAGGAGCUCACGGCGUCGCCGGCGCCCAGCCCGGGCCCUGCAUUGCCGUGGUCGGGAAGCCUCGACAGUGUGUGCCAGAGGAGGGAGCGGUUCAUGAGAAGCAUGGGCCUAGAGUGCUGCCCGGCUCCCCUGCAGGCCGAUGCUGUUUCCACUGUGGGCGAUGUCGAGAAGGAGGAGGAGGUUGUGCCGGAAUUUGGGAGAUUGUGGUCGCAGUCGGAUGAGAAUGACUGCUCCAUGUCGAGUUGGUCCACGGAGGAGACGGGGAGCUCAGUGGAUGGUGCCUCGGAUGACAAUUCUGUCAGUGGAUCCAGCCGAGAUGAUGCUAGCAGCAAGGUGGGCUGGAGUUUCAGUUCAUUGUCCCUCAUCCAGAGGCUCAUGAGCCGCAGUGGUAAGCUUUCUGGUGUUCCCAAGGCGAUCGAGAGGAGGAGAAACGGAUGGCUUCGGAGGCUGGGCUUGAGGGCUGGUGUCCUCGAUCAUGGAGGUGAUGAAGCUAGCACCAGCUCCUCAGAGAGUGAGCAAAACAGGUGUGGAAGGUAUGAAAGGGUCAAGUUUCUUGCAAGUGGAGGCGAAGAUGGAGUUGUCAGGGUCUGGGGUGUCACACAGUCUGACUGCAAAAUUCCCAUGGAUGAUCCUUCUUGUGUUUACCUCAAAGCUCAUCGCCAGAGUGGCUUGGCUCCUGUCGAUGCUGACAAUGAGAAGAAAUGCAAAGUCAAGGGCGUGAAGCAAUCUGCAGAUUCUGCUUGUGUUGUGAUUCCAACAAUGGUGUUCCAGAUCUCAGAGGAACCAUUGCAUGAGUUCCGUGGUCACUCUGGUGAUGUACUGAAUCUGUCAUGGUCUAACAACAAGCAUCUACUGUCAGCAUCAACAGACAAAACUGUUCGCUUGUGGGAAAUUGGAUCUGCAAACUGCAUCACUGUUUUUCCACACAGCAACUUUGUGACUUGUGUCCAGUUCAAUCCAGCCAAUGAGCAUCGAUUCAUCAGUGGAUCAAUAGAUGGCAAAAUCCGUGUAUGGGAUAUUCCCAGAUGCAGUGUCAUUGAUUGGGUGGAUAUUAGAGACAUAAUAACAGCGGUUUGCUAUCGACCUGAUGGAAAGGGAGCAGUGGUUGGAACCAUUACUGGAAAUUGUCGAUUUUAUGAUGCAUCAGAUAAUCUGCUGAGGUUUGAGACACAAAUUGCACUCAGUGGCAAGAAAAAAUCUUCUCUUAAAAGAAUCACUGCUUUUGAGUUCUCCCCAAGCAACCCAAGUAAAUUAAUGGUUACCUCUGCUGACUCGAAGAUCAAAAUUCUUGAUGGAACCAUUGUGACUCAGAAUUAUAGUGGACUCCGAAGUGGCUCUUGCCAGUCAUUGGCAACAUUCACUCCUGACGGGCAGCAUAUAGUUUCUGCUAGUGAAGACUCCAACAUUUAUGUAUGGAACCAUGAAAACCAAGAUGAGCCUUCACUGAAACAUGCAAAAACCAUAUGGUCCUCAGAGCGCUUCCACUCCAACAAUGCAGCCAUCGCAAUACCAUGGAAUGGCCAAAAACCCAGAAACCCAGUCUCUUUGGCCUCUCAAAUUUUGUCACCACAAGGAGAUAACUUCUGGUGCAUGAGUAAAGCUGUUAAGUGCAGUUCCAGUCGCAGUGAAGAUUCUGCUAUUAAUAGUUUUGUGUCAAGAUUUGCUCCUGGUAUUUUCAAUUUGAAUCAGGAGUUCUCUGAGUCCACCUGCAGAAGUUCAGCAACCUGGCCAGAGGAAAUUCUGCCUUCUCGCUCAAUUCGUGCAAUUUUGGAUGAGUCACAGUACAAGUUCCUAAGGAACUGUUUCCAGACCACACCAAACUCCUGGGGUCAAGUGAUAGUUACUGCAGGAUGGGACGGCAAGAUUAGGUCGUUCCAGAAUUAUGGCUUACCAGCGCAUCAGUGA